UGGCAUUUGUGAUGUCACAGAAUUAUGAUCUCUACUAUACAAAGCAAUUGGUCCCCAUGGUAACAAUUUAACCAAAACAUGGGAAAAUUAUUUCAUUGACUAUUCUAUAGAAAGAUGAGUGUCUAAUGGCUAAGAAAGAGCAGCAGACAUAAUACGCUAUUCUUCUAAUCUAUACUAGACAAUAUGGCAGCAGUUAUCAUCUGUAUUUGCUGUGAGAUGAUCAUAUUGUGCUCUCUACUUCUAUAUUCAUAUGCUGCAGAUACCAUUGCAGUAAACACCACUCUUAGAGAUGGAGAAACUCUUAUUUCAGCUGGUGGGAGAUUUGAACUUGGUUUUUUCACUCCUGCCGGAACUUCUGAGAACGCUCGGUACGUCGGAAUAUGGUAUUACAAGUUGGACCCAAGAACAGUUGUAUGGGUUGCCAAUAGAGAAAAGCCACUUUUGAAUACAGGUGGCUAUUUUUCUGUUCAAAGUGGUAACUUGGAAGUUUUUGAUCCAUUUGGAAAAUCUUCUUGGUCUACAAACCUUAAAGCACAAGUAAGAUACAAGCUGGAGGCUAGAUUAAUGGAUUCUGGAAAUUUGAUCUUAACAAAUCAAGUGGGAAUGAUGGUAUGGCAGAGCUUUGAACACCCAACCGAUACAUUCCUUCCGGGCAUGAAUCUCAAGCAUAUUAUUAUGUUGACUUCAUGGACUAGUCAAGUUGACCCAGCACCAGGAAAGUUCAUGUUUAAGCAAGAUCAAAAUAACAAGAACCAGUUUGUCAUUUUGAAUGAUUAUAUAGCUCAUUGGAAAAGUGGAGUUUCUGGUGAAUUCUUCACAUCAGAAAAGGUACCUUCUAAAGUAUCGCAUCUUUUGCUGAACUACACAAGUGUUCGACUCAACGGAACCACAGUUUAUUCAUCAUCUUACAAUUACAAUAAUACAAGGGUCGUGAUAAGUUUUAAUGGGGAAAUACAAUAUUGGAGCUUGACGGAUCGAGGUGAAUGGUCAUUGGAGUGGCAGCAGCCAAAAGAUCGGUGCAGUGUUCUUGAAGCUUGUGGGGUAUUUGGCAGCUGCAAUAAUAACAACAAGAUGUUAUGUAAAUGUUUGGCAGGUUUCAAGCCUAAACUUGCAGAUGAAUGGAGCAAGGGAAUCUUUACUAGUGGAUGCAUCAGUAAAUCAACUGCGUGUGGCAUAGAUGACGACAUGUUCUUGAACUUGAAAAUGAUGAGAGUCGAGAACACAGAAAUAAAGCUUGAUGUUAAAAAUGUGACAGAAUGUAGAGAUCAGUGUCUCAAAAAUUGUCGGUGCCUAGCUUAUUCCUAUAGUGAAGAGAAAAACAGUACAGGGAGUGAUAUCAAACCUAUUAAUUCUACUUGCUGGAUUUGGACUGAGGAUCUUAAAAAUCUGCAGGAGGAGUAUGCUAAUGGCGGUCAUGACCUCUUUGUUCGGGUAUCAAAUUUGGAAUCAACUAUCAGAAGUUGUGGAGCUUGUGGAGCAGAUGUGAUUCCUUAUCCUCUAAGCACUGGGUUAAAUUGCGGGGACCCUACCUACUUCAGCUUCGACUGCAACACGUCUGAGGGCAAGCUGAGGUUUAAAGCACCCGGUGGCAUCUACAAUGUCACUAACAUCAAUCCAGAUACAGGAACAUUUGUCAUCCAAGCAAAAGCAUUAGAUAACUGCAAUGCCAGAACUAGCACAGUUUUGAUGCUCAACCAGUCAUUAGACUCGUUACCUUUCAAAUUGAAAAAAGUGACACCAUUCUGCGGGGCUGACGCAGAACUUAGUCCUGAUAUUUCAUCAAAAGAUAUCACUGAAAUAGAGAUAAGUUGGGAUCCACCUGUUGAGCCAAGCUGCGAAACUUCUGCUGAUUGUAAGGAUUGGCCAUAUUCGGUAUGCAAUGUGACAUCAAAUGGUAUGCAGAGGAGGUGCCUAUGCAAUGCCAACUUUCGAUGGAAUGGCUCAGCUCUGAAUUGUACUUCUGAUGUGAAAAACCAUGAAUUAUAUGGAAAAUCUUCAAAAGGAAAGAAACCAUUGGCGUUGAUCAUUGGAAUUGGAUUGACAAUUGCAAGUGUCAUACUUCUUUCCUGUGCUAUUACUUUCAUAUGGAGGAGACAAAUGGCCAGAAGAAAAGAAAGAAGAGAAAGCACCGAAAGAAAUGCAACUAUUUUAUAUGGCACUGAGAAACGUGUCAAGGACUUUAUAGACUCCGAAGAUUUCAAGGAAGAGGACAAAAACGCCAUAGAUGUGCCUUCUUUUGAUUUAGACAGCAUACUAGCCGCUACAAAUAAUUUCUCGGAGUUUAACAAGCUUGGACGAGGAGGAUUCGGGCCUGUUUACAAGGGUGUUUUUCCCGGAGGUCGGGAAAUUGCUAUAAAGAGAUUGUCAAGUGUUUCAGGACAAGGAUUAGAGGAAUUUAAAAACGAGGUUGUGCUGAUCGCUAGACUUCAACAUAGAAAUCUCGUCAGACUUUUGGGCUAUUGCAUUAAAGGAGAAGAGAAGUUAUUGCUUUAUGAAUAUAUGUCUAAUAAAAGCUUAGACUUCUUCCUUUUCGAUGAACAACUAAGCGUUCAUUUGAAUUGGGAGAUGCGGUUCAACAUCAUUGCGGGAGUUGCUCGAGGGAUUCUUUAUCUGCAUCAAGAUUCAAGGCUGAGGAUUAUUCAUAGAGAUUUGAAAACAAGCAACAUAUUACUAGAUGAAGAAAUGAACCCCAAGAUUUCUGAUUUUGGUCUGGCAAGGAUAUUUGAAGGCAAACAAACAGAGGGAACCACAAACAGAGUCAUUGGAACAUAUGGGUAUAUGUCCCCAGAGUAUGCAUUAGACGGAGUAUUCUCAGAUAAAUCGGAUGUUUUUAGCUUCGGAGUAGUUGUCCUAGAGAUUCUGAGUGGAAGAAGGAGCAUCGGAGUUUUUAAGACAACACCGGCCUUGAACCUCCUAGCUUAUGCAUGGAGAUUGUGGGAAGAAGACAAGGCUCUAAAUUUGAUGGACGGUACACUCAACGGAAAUUGUAUAAGAAAUGAAUUUCUAAAGUGUCUACACAUUGCACUAUUAUGUGUACAACAAGAUCCAGCAGAUCGUCCCACCAUGUCAAAUGUUGUUGCCAUGCUGAGCAACACUAGUGAUACUGCAACAUUUCCAUCCCCUAAGCAGCCAGCAUUUGUUGAUACAACAGAUGUAUCAUAUACUCCGUCUUCCUCGAAUAAAGACGAAAAGUCGUUGGAAUUUUCGAGUUAGACGAAGAAUUUUAAAAUAUAGUGAGGAAGUGAUUUUUAUUUCGCAUUCUUCAAUUCUUCCAUUUUCGCUUACAUUUUUAUAUACACUGCAAAGGCUAUGGUAUAGCGGCAGGUUAGCAGUUGUUGUAUAAGCAAUAAUAUGUGACCAAAAUGGUUAUUGUGAUUCUAUGCAGAAAUUACAGCAAA